AUGAGCGAGAUGAGCGCGUCUCCGCCCGAGGAGAACAAGCCACUCGACAGCCGACACGACCCAGCUGACCUGCCCGCGAAGAAAAAGCCUCGAACGACAACCGCCUGCAACCGCUGCCGCAAGAAGCGUGGGCGUUGCGAUGGCCAGAAACCGAUUUGCGGGCCGUGUACAACCGCGGGUGCGGUGUGCGAGUACGAGCUCGGCGCAGACAAGCGAAAACCCUACACAAAAGCCGUCGUGCAAGCUAUGCAACUCCGCAUCGACACGCUCGAAGCGCAGCUCGCCGCCUUGACGGGCCAACCGGUCCCCUCUUCCUCCGGCUCGUUCUUCGACUCGCAAUCCGCCGACCCCCUUUCGAUUCUCGACUCUUCUGCGCCUCUUCCCUCCGACUCGACGAGCACGACACCAGCAAUGACGUCCCUCUCGCUCGUCGCGAACCAAGCGGCGAAGAAUGGGAGUGGCACGUCGCCUACGGGUCUUGGACCGACCAGUCUGAGCUUUGCGGAGGGAAGUCAGCCGCAGGUUUCGACGCCUAACUUGAACGGGUUGGAUACGUUUCAGGGUGGAUUGGCGAUCAAUGCGCAUGGCGAGUUGCGCUUCUACGGCCCGACAUCCUCCUACCGCGCCGUCCUAGCCGACUCGACCUCCCUCCUCAAUACCCCGACAACAGUCAACGCCAUCCGCGCCUUCUCGCUCACCCGCGCACCGAUCCCGACCGCCUCGCCUGCCGACCCUGCACUACCGAGACGCCCGCCUGACUUGAGCCCGGAUUUCAAGGUCAAGUUGCUCAAUCUGGCGUUCGAGUAUUGUUUCUCGCAUUACAACAUCGUCCCGGAGCGACAGUUCUUCGCCGACCUCCAGAUGUACCCCUUCGAGCGGACCCAAUACUACUCCCCCUUCCUAAUGAACGUCAUCCUCGCCGUCGGCUGCCGCUACCUCGACCCGGACGACCCUUCCUACCCUCCCGAAAUCUGCGGACUCAUCGGAGACCCCGAUACGAGGGGAGACGUGUUUGUUACGUGGGCGAGGUAUCUGUUGGAUCAGGAGUGGUACAACCCGGCGCUUUCGACGAUUAGGGGGCUGUUGGUCCUGGGGCUGUACAUGGCGGGGCGUGGGUUCGACGGGCCGUGUGUCAUCUUCGUCGGCUCGGCGCUCAAGUUGACGGAAGACUUCGGCCUCAACCUCGGCCCUCACCGCCUGUCGAUGUCGAUGGGCCUCGAGAUCUCCGAAGAGCUCAUCACCGCCCGACGAGACUGUUUCUGGUCGGCCUUCGCCUCAGACUGCAUCUCCUCGAUGUACAUCGGUCGCUCGACCACCUUCAAGCCCGACGUGAUCGACGUGAUCCCCCCUCCCGUCGUUCCCGAACUCGACUUCGAAGCGCCCCUCUAUCGCUCUUCGGCCUUCCAUUGGUCAAGCAGGCUCAUAUACAUUGCCAGCCGAAUCAUGGACUCGGUCUAUACGCUCAGGCCGGGGAUCUCGCUUGCGAUGAGGCAGGCGAAAGUGCCCGAGUUGCACCUCUUGCUCGAGAGCUGGUACCACGAGUUGCCGUCGCAUCUUCGAGCCAGCGGCGCAGACCCGCAAAAGGCGCCGCACCCACACAUCCUCGUCCUCAACAUGGUCUACAACAUGAUGCACAUCUCGCUUCACAGGCCCUUCUUCCGACGCUUCUCGGCCAACCCGACGACGAACGUUAGUACGGAAAAGUGUCUUGUUGCGGCGUCGAAUAUCGUCAGGCUUGUCAAGCUCUUGCGAGGGUCGGCGGGACUGAGGAAGGCUGCUCCUGGCGUUCAGCAUGCCGCCUUCAACGCCGGCACGGUCCUCGCCAUCUCUGCCGCCGAAGACAACCUCUCGAACAACCCGAAGCAAGACUCGGAGCGUCGCUCGCAAGCGAAGAAGGACCUCCGGCUCAUCGUCGCGAGUCUCAAGGAGAUUGGCACGACCUGGACGACGGCGCACACGAGCGCCGGAGUGCUCGAGGCGCUCAUGACGCAGUGGGACGCGUCGUCUCAGCCGCCAGACCAACCUGCGACGAACGCUUUCGCGCCCAUCCAGAACGGCUCGGCUGCUAUGCCGCACGGCUCGCCUACGUCGUCCAUCUCGUCCAGCUCGACCGGCUUCCCGCAGUCCUUCGACUUCUCCUCUGCCUCGCCCGGCCCUUCGCGCGCCGACCUCGCCGCCCAGCUCCCAAAGCUCGAGCAGCCGUCCUACGAGCCCUCAUCGGGCCCAACCGGCUCGACACCCAUGUCAUUCGCCAGCCUCGGACUCGCCUUCCCCUCCCGCCCGAGUACAGCAGGAGGCAACCACUCGCUUGACGGUGUCGGCGCAGGGUUCGGAACGAGCUUGGGCUUCAUGUUCCCGAGCUGGGAUUUGGGAGACGAUGUCGACUUUGGAGCGCCGCCGGGCGAGCAGGCGCAUGGGAAUGGCGCGAGUACGGCGGGAUUGGACUGGGGUUUGCUGAACAUGCCUGAGUCGAACUCGCAAAGCGCCGCAGCCACGCCUUCCGCAUCGACUGCGACUCCAGCGGCAUGA